CCCGGCGGCCCUUGUCCCCCUUUACUUCCCCACCUUGCUUGAUAACAAACAUUCCUCAUUACGUUUCAGACAAGAUGAAUUCAAACAACGGGUUUGCGGAUUUCGCCAAAAAGUUCAACACACUAGGCGACAACAUCAAGAAGGCGUUCAACGACGGGCCGCUGGGCAACACCCCGCGGCGUGCGCCCUCGUCCUCGGAUGACGUGCUUGGGCUCGACGCCGAGGCGUUCCGCGAAGCAACCAUAACAGGCAACGACGGCGGCGAGCUGGCCACGUAUGUCAACGAGAAGCUGGUGUUUGAGGCAGGCGUGGACUACGAGAGCCGGCCGAUUCUAGUGUUCUCGGCAUGCCGGCUGCUGAACCCCGACGUGGUGGACUACGACCGGCUGCUGAAUCUGAUACAGUUCCGGCUCGACGACUUUGUCGAGAGCGACUACACGGUGGUGCUGUUUGCGGCCAAUGCGCGCUACAAGCCCAGCCCAAAGUGGCUGUACACGGCGUACCGGCGGCUGGGGCGCAAGUACAAGAAGAACCUGAAGGCGCUGUACAUUGUGCACCCUGCAAAGUGGGUGCAGUUCCUGAUGACGGCAAUGAACACAAUGCUGAGCCCAAAGUUCGCCAAGAAGGUCAAGUGGCUCGACACGCUCUCGGAGCUGGCCCACUUUGUGCCCAUCGACCAGAUCAACAUCCCGCCCGAGGUCUACCAGUUCAACGCAACCAAGGAGGCCGAGAUUACAAUCCCCAAACACGUCGGCCCGGCGAGCCGCUACUUUGGCGUGCCGCUGGAAAGCCUGAUGGGCACUCACGGCGAGUUAGGCUUGCCGGCUCCGGUGGCCGACGCACUGGACUACCUGUAUACGCAUGCGCUGGAGGUGCAGGAUCUGUUCCGCCGGUCGCCGGCGUCGGCUACGCUGCUCAAGGUUCGCAGUCAGUACGAGUCCGAGGGCAUGGCGUCGGUAUCGUAUGCCGUGUGGGGCGAGCACGUGGCUGCAGCCAUCCUGAAGACCUGGUGCCGUGAGCUGCCGCAGCCACUGGUGCCGUCGCACUACUACGAGCUGAUCCGGCUCAUGCCGAACCCCGACAGCCAGCCCGAGCCAGCUGCUGCAUAUGUGCGCGAUGUCAUCCUGCCCGCACUGUCGGAUCCGCCGUGUGUGGCGCUGCUGCUGGCGGCCCUGUUUGGUCUGCUGCGUGCUGUAGCCGACCAUGCAGCCGUGAACAAUAUGACGGCGGCCAAGCUGGCAGCAGCGUGGGCGCCCAAUUUUGUGCGCUCGUCGCAGCCCGACAUUGACAUUUCCAUGUGUUCGGUGACUCGUUUCUCCGACAACACGCAUGUGCGCCAUGACAACAGCGACAACGAGGACGACGACGACGACGACGAAGAAGACGACGAAGAAGAAGACGAUGACGACGUGCUGGAUCUAACUGCCCGUGACGACGAGAACCGCCCGAAUGUUGUGUCGCUGGCCAAACUCAUGAUCGACCAGUACCAGACCAUCUUCAAGCCGACGCUCGAGGCCGCCGAGGCACAGGCGAAAGAACAGGCCGCACAGCGGAAGCCGCCGCCCAAGCCUGUCCGUCGCAGCACACCACGCGGCGAUAUUCCACCAACCAAGCCCCCGCGCCGCACCCCGCCCACGGCACAGCCCAAGAACGACGACAACAGCCUGGUGCAGGCCAGUGACGAGGAUAUUGCUGCCCUGGCGGAGGCCAUGGGCAGAAGCGACUUGGUGGAGUCGGCGACGCCCAAGCCUGUGUCGGCCGAGGAUAUCUCCAAGCGCCUGCAGGCCGAGCACGAGGCUGCGGCCAAGGCACAGGCAGCCAAAGAGAGCAACCCCAAGGGCGAUGACGACGACGAAAUCGUUAUUAGCGACUUUGUCUAACGGCUCGCCAUUUAUGGAUAUCCGUCCGCAUUCUACUUUCUUCAUAAUUCCCCCUUAAAAUUACCCAAUUCCGCAACAACUGACUCCUUCGUUCGCAGAUGGCUGAGCCGUGCUGGGCUGGGCGCUGCUGUGAGAGGACCCCUCGCUCUGUGCAGCACGCAGUUCCCGAAAAACCUUAACUGUGGCUCACGCCUAAGCCGCAAGAAUGCAGCCCGUGCCAUAUGCAGAGCCGGUAUUCCUCAUGGAAGGAACCGGGAGAAGGGGGGGUGAGGCUUUGCACACUAAAAUAACUCUCUUUAGGAC